GCAGGGCGGGCAGCCCGGGGCGCAAAGGAUGUACAAGCAGUCAAUGGCGCAGAGAGCGCGGACCAUGGCCCUCUACAACCCCAUCCCCGUCCGACAGAACUGCCUCACGGUCAACCGGUCUCUGUUCCUCUUCAGCGAGGACAACGUGGUGAGAAAAUACGCCAAAAAGAUCACCGAAUGGCCUCCCUUUGAAUAUAUGAUUUUAGCCACCAUCAUAGCAAACUGCAUCGUCCUUGCCCUGGAGCAACACCUACCUGACGAUGACAAGACCCCCAUGUCUGAACGACUGGAUGACACAGAACCGUACUUCAUUGGAAUUUUUUGUUUCGAGGCUGGCAUUAAAAUCAUUGCCCUUGGGUUUGCCUUCCACAAAGGCUCUUACCUGAGGAAUGGUUGGAACGUGAUGGACUUCGUGGUGGUGCUAACAGGCAUCUUGGCGACAGUUGGGACAGAGUUUGACCUACGGACGCUGAGGGCAGUUCGAGUGCUGCGACCGCUCAAGCUGGUGUCUGGAAUCCCAAGUUUACAAGUCGUCCUGAAGUCGAUCAUGAAGGCGAUGAUCCCCUUGCUGCAGAUUGGCCUUCUCCUAUUUUUUGCAAUCCUUAUUUUUGCAAUCAUAGGGUUAGAAUUUUAUAUGGGAAAAUUUCAUACCACCUGCUUUGAAGAGGGGACAGAUGACAUUCAGGGUGAAUCUCCGGCUCCAUGUGGGACAGAGGAACCCGCCCGCACCUGCCCCAAUGGGACCAAAUGCCAGCCCUACUGGGAAGGGCCCAACAAUGGGAUCACUCAGUUCGACAACAUCCUGUUUGCAGUGCUGACUGUUUUCCAGUGCAUCACCAUGGAAGGGUGGACUGACCUCCUCUACAACAGCAACGAUGCCUCAGGGAACACUUGGAACUGGUUGUACUUCAUCCCCCUCAUCAUCAUCGGCUCCUUUUUUAUGCUGAACCUCGUGCUGGGUGUGCUGUCAGGGGAGUUUGCCAAAGAGAGGGAGCGGGUGGAGAACCGGCGGGCUUUUCUGAAGCUGAGGAGGCAGCAACAGAUUGAACGAGAGCUCAAUGGGUACAUGGAGUGGAUCUCGAAAGCAGAAGAGGUGAUCCUCGCCGAGGAUGAAACUGACGGGGAGCAGAGGCAUCCCUUUGAUGCUCUGCGGAGAGCCACCAUAAAGAAGAGCAAGACAGACCUGCUCAACCCCGAGGAGGCUGAGGAUCAGCUAGCCGACAUUGCCUCUGUGGGGUCUCCCUUUGCCCGAGCCAGCAUUAAAAGUGCCAAGUUGGAGAACUCGACUUUUUUUCACAAAAAGGAGAGGAGGGUGCGUUUCUACAUCCGCCGCAUGGUCAAAACUCAGGCCUUCUACUGGACUGUGCUCAGUCUGGUAGCCCUCAACACGCUGUGUGUUGCUAUCGUUCACUACAACCAGCCCGAGUGGCUCUCCGACUUCCUCUACUAUGCAGAAUUCAUUUUCUUAGGACUCUUUAUGUCCGAAAUGUUUAUAAAAAUGUACGGGCUUGGGACACGGCCUUAUUUCCACUCUUCCUUCAACUGCUUUGACUGUGGGGUUAUCAUCGGGAGCAUCUUUGAGGUCAUCUGGGCCGUCAUAAAACCCGGCACAUCCUUUGGAAUCAGUGUGUUACGAGCCCUCAGGUUAUUGCGUAUUUUCAAAGUCACAAAGUACUGGGCGUCUCUCAGGAAUCUGGUCGUCUCUCUUCUCAACUCCAUGAAAUCCAUCAUCAGCCUGUUGUUCCUCCUUUUCCUGUUCAUCGUCGUCUUUGCACUUUUAGGAAUGCAGCUCUUUGGCGGCCAGUUUAAUUUCGAUGAAGGGACUCCUCCUACCAACUUUGACACUUUUCCAGCAGCAAUAAUGACAGUGUUUCAGAUCCUGACGGGCGAGGACUGGAACGAGGUCAUGUACGACGGCAUCAAAUCUCAGGGCGGCGUGCAGGGCGGCAUGGUGUUCUCCAUCUACUUCAUCGUGUUGACACUCUUCGGGAACUACACCCUCCUGAACGUGUUCUUGGCCAUCGCGGUGGAUAAUUUGGCCAACGCCCAGGAGCUUACCAAGGAUGAACAAGAAGAAGAAGAGGCAGCCAACCAGAAACUCGCCCUCCAGAAAGCCAAGGAGGUGGCAGAAGUGAGUCCUCUGUCCGCGGCCAACUUGUCCAUAGCUGUGAAGGAGCAACAGAAGAACCAGAAGCCAACCAAGUCCGUGUGGGAGCAGCGGACCAGCGAGAUGCGCAAACAGAACCUGCUGGCCAGCCGGGAGGCCCUGUACAACGAGAUGGACCCCGACGAGCGCUGGAAAGCCACCUAUGCGCGGCACCUGCGGCCCGACAUGAAGACCCACCUGGACCGGCCGCUGGUGGUGGAUCCCCAGGAGAACCGCAACAAUAACACCAACAAGAGCCGCGCGGCCGAGCCCACGGUAGACCAGCGCCUGGGCCAGCAGCGGGCCGAGGACUUCCUCCGCAAGCAGGCGCGCUUCCACGACCGGGGCGGCGAGCGGAGGCGGCGGCACCGGCACGGCGCCGCGGCCACCUACGACCCGGACGCGCGGAGGGAGGACAAGGAGCGCAGGCACCGGCGGAGGAAGAAACAGCCAUCCUGGCAGGAGAAGCAGCAGCUGAAAUCUGGGGAGGUGGGCAGUGACAUUACAUGGGGAUCAAGAACCUCAGUGCCCGGCACACUGGCCGGCUUCGGGACACGCCUCUCAAUGUCCGAGGUAGACACCCAGGGCUCCGGGGUACCCGUGUCGGGCCCCAACCUGUCGACCACCCGGCCGAUCCAGCAAGACCUAGGUCGCCAAGACCCGCCGCUGGCCGAGGACAUCGACAACAUGAAGAACAACAAGCUGGCCACUGCAGAAUCGGCCAGUCCCCACGACAGCCUCGGCCACCCCGGCCUGUCCCAGAGCCCAGCCAAGAUGGGGAACAGCACCAACCCCGGCCCCACAACGGCCCCAUCUGCCACGGCCACCAAUCCCCAGAAUACCACCAGUCGCCGGAUGCCCAACAACCCGGGGAACCCCUCCAACCCCGGCCCCCCCAAGACUCCCGAGAACAGCCUUAUCGUCACCAACCCCAGCACCACCCAGACCAACUCAGCUAAGACUGCCAGGAAACCCGACCACACCGCGGUGGACAUCCCCCCAGCCUGCCCGCCACCCCUCAACCACACCGUUGUCCAAGUGAACAAAAACGCCAACCCAGACCCACUGCCAAAAAAAGAGGAAGAGAAGAAGGAGGAGGAGGAAGACGACCCCGGGGAAGACGGCCCCAAGCCCAUGCCCCCCUACAGUUCCAUGUUUAUCCUUUCCACGACCAACCCCCUUCGCCGCCUGUGCCAUUACAUUCUGAACCUGCGCUACUUUGAGAUGUGCAUCCUAAUGGUCAUCGCCAUGAGCAGUAUUGCCCUGGCGGCUGAGGACCCCGUGCAGCCCAACGCACCACGGAACAAUGUGCUACGAUAUUUUGACUACGUUUUCACAGGCGUCUUUACCUUUGAGAUGGUGAUCAAGAUGAUUGACCUGGGGCUCGUCCUGCACCAGGGUGCCUACUUCCGUGACCUCUGGAACAUUCUUGACUUCAUAGUGGUCAGUGGGGCCCUGGUGGCCUUUGCCUUCACUGGCAAUAGCAAAGGAAAGGACAUUAACACAAUCAAAUCUCUCCGAGUCCUCCGGGUGCUACGACCUCUUAAAACCAUCAAGCGGUUGCCAAAGCUCAAGGCCGUGUUUGACUGUGUGGUGAAUUCCCUCAAGAAUGUCUUCAACAUCCUCAUUGUCUACAUGCUGUUCAUGUUCAUCUUUGCCGUGGUGGCCGUGCAGCUCUUCAAGGGGAAGUUCUUCCACUGCACCGAUGAGUCCAAGGAGUUUGAGAAAGACUGUCGCGGCAAGUACCUCCUGUACGAGAAGAACGAGGUGAAGGCGCGGGACCGCGAGUGGAAGAAGUAUGAGUUCCACUACGACAACGUGCUGUGGGCCCUGCUGACGCUCUUCACCGUGUCCACGGGCGAAGGCUGGCCGCAGGUUCUCAAGCACUCCGUGGAUGCCACCUUCGAGAACCAGGGUCCCAGCCCCGGGUACCGCAUGGAGAUGUCCAUCUUCUAUGUCGUCUACUUUGUCGUGUUCCCCUUCUUCUUCGUCAAUAUCUUUGUGGCCUUGAUCAUCAUCACCUUCCAGGAGCAAGGCGACAAGAUGAUGGAGGAAUACAGCCUGGAGAAAAAUGAGAGGGCCUGCAUCGACUUCGCCAUCAGCGCCAAACCUCUGACCCGACACAUGCCCCAGAACAAGCAGAGCUUCCAGUACCGCAUGUGGCAGUUUGUGGUGUCUCCGCCUUUUGAGUACACCAUCAUGGCCAUGAUCGCCCUCAACACCAUCGUGCUCAUGAUGAAGUUCUAUGGGGCCUCGCUUGCUUAUGAAAACGCUCUGAGGGUGUUCAACAUCGUCUUCACCUCCCUCUUCUCUCUGGAAUGUCUGCUGAAAGUCAUGGCUUUUGGGAUUCUGAAUUAUUUCCGCGAUGCCUGGAACAUCUUCGACUUUGUGACUGUUCUGGGCAGCAUCACCGACAUCCUCGUCACUGAGUUUGGGAAUAACUUCAUCAACCUGAGCUUCCUCCGCCUCUUCCGAGCAGCCCGGCUCAUCAAACUCCUCCGUCAGGGUUACACCAUCCGAAUUCUUCUCUGGACCUUUGUGCAGUCGUUCAAGGCGCUGCCCUACGUCUGUCUGCUGAUUGCCAUGCUUUUCUUCAUCUAUGCCAUCAUAGGGAUGCAGGUGUUUGGCAACAUUGGCAUUGACGUGGAGGACGAGGACAGUGAGGAGGACGACUUCCAGAUCACCGAGCACAAUAACUUCCGCACCUUCUUCCAGGCCCUGAUGCUCCUCUUCCGGAGUGCCACCGGGGAGGCUUGGCACAACAUCAUGCUUUCCUGCCUCAGUGGGAAACCCUGUGAUAAAAACUCUGGCAUCCUGACUCCCGAGUGUGGCAAUGAGUUUGCUUAUUUUUACUUCGUUUCCUUCAUCUUCCUCUGCUCGUUUCUGAUGCUGAACCUCUUUGUCGCUGUCAUCAUGGACAACUUUGAGUACCUCACUCGAGAUUCCUCCAUCCUGGGUCCUCACCACCUGGAUGAGUACGUGCGUGUCUGGGCUGAGUACGACCCUGCAGCAUGGGGCCGCAUGCCUUACCCGGACAUGUAUCAGAUGCUGAGACACAUGUCUCCGCCCCUGGGUCUGGGGAAGAAGUGUCCGGCCAGAGUGGCUUACAAGAGGCUCCUGAGAAUGGAUCUGCCUGUUGCCGAUGACAACACUGUCCACUUCAAUUCUACCCUCAUGGCUCUGAUCCGCACAGCCCUGGACAUCAAGAUUGCCAAGGGAGGGGCCGACAAACAGCAGAUGGACGCCGAGCUCCGGAAAGAGAUGAUGGCCAUCUGGCCCAACCUGUCCCAGAAAACACUGGACCUGCUGGUUACCCCUCAUAAGUCCACCGACCUCACAGUGGGGAAGAUCUACGCAGCCAUGAUGAUCAUGGAGUACUACCGGCAGAGCAAAGCCAAGAAGCUGCAGGCCAUGCGUGAGGAGCAGAACCGGACACCUCUCAUGUUCCAGCGCAUGGAGCCCCCGUCACCAACACAGGAGGGGGGGCCCGGCCAGAAUGCCCUCCCCUCCACCCAGCUGGACCCAGGAGGAAGCCUGAUGGCUCACGAAAGUGGCAUCAAGGAGAGUCCUUCCUGGGUGACCCAGCGAGCCCAGGAGAUGUUCCAGAAGACGGGCACAUGGAGCCCGGAGCGGGGACCCCCUACCGACAUGCCCAACAGCCAGCCCAACUCUCAGUCUGUGGAAAUGCGAGAGAUGGGCCGAGAUGGCUACUCAGACAGUGAGCGCUACCUCCCCACGGAAGGCCAGGCUCGGGCUGCCUCCAUGCCCCGCCUCCCUGCAGAAAACCAGAGGAGAAGGGGCCGGCCACGUGGGAAUAACCUCAGUACCAUCUCAGAUACCAGCCCCAUGAAGCGCUCAGCCUCCGUGCUGGGCCCCAAGGCUCGGCGCCUGGAUGACUACUCUCUAGAGAGGGUGCCUCCUGAAGAAAACCAGCGGCACCACCAGCGGCGCCGAGACCGUGGCCACCGAGCCUCGGAGCGCUCCUUGGGCCGCUACACGGAUGUGGACACAGGCUUGGGGACAGAUCUGAGUAUGACCACCCAGUCUGGAGACCUGCCAUCAAAGGAGAGGGACCAGGAGCGUGGCAGGCCCAAGGACCGGAAGCACCGGCAGCACCAUCACCACCACCACCACCACCACCCCCAACCCCCGGACAAGGAACGAUAUACCCAGGAACGGCCUGACCACCGGGCCCGGGCCAGGGACCAGCGCUGGUCCCGUUCACCUAGUGAGGGCCCCGAGCACAUGACACACCGGCAGGUGGGUGUGGCAGGAGUUGCCCCCAGACCCAGCCAUGGGGGACCAGGAAAGGAGGGUGGCCCCUACACCCCACAGCUACUCUGGGCAGGUUCCUCACUCCCCACCGUGACCUCUGACCCUGCCUACCAUUGGGCUUCUUCCCAAGCCAAGGGCGGCCUGGACACAGGAGUGCUUGCUGGUUAUACCAAACCCUAUUAUUACUGCCUGCAGAAACCGAUUUAA